ACUUCCAGCCCAAGCCACCUUCAGCCCCAGCCCCGUCUCGCUACAAGCACGGCUGUUGGGGCUUCCAUGUCUUCCUUCGAAGAAAUCCGUUGGUUCAAUACACUCACUCAUAGAGAGAAGGCAUUCCUUUAGUGGGUGUAUGGUGUGAGUUUUCUAGGGGUAAUAGGCUUACAUUAUUACUCUUCUAUCAAGAAUCCUUUCAGCCUUCGUAAGAACAGUACGGCACGCCUUCAAUUAUUUGGCAAUGAUGCAGCCUCUGGGACCGACGUUGGAACCUAUCAGCCACUCGUGGCUCUACCGUUGCAUGGAUGAUAAAGUGGCGCAGAUCAGCCUUAAGCUGUUUUCCAUCGAGGGUAAGUUUACUCGAGGCCCCAGUUUCAGCACUCCUUGUCGAAUACAGGGCCUAAAACUGGGUUCCAACGAGCUGCUCAGUCUCGGCUCAGGAUCGCUCACCCCAGCACAGCCACAGCUCAGGCUGGAGCAUGAGCGGCUCAGUUCCCUGAACGGGAAACGAAAUUGCUUAGGUGCACAUUGGGAUAUCGAACUACCUGUUUUAUAAGCCCCAGGGAAAGGUGCCGUUGCAUGGGGAAGCUUGUCUCC